AGGAUCCAGUGGUCCUGAGCCUUCUGAAGUUAGGAUUCUGCCUGGUGGUGGGGAUCCUGGCAUCAAGGAUGGGAUACCCCGGAUGGAGGUUCCUGGGGCCUGGCCCCCAACACUAUGAAGAGCCUUUGCUGAGGCCAUGAGGGGUUACCAUGGCGACCGAGGCAGCCAUCCCCGCCCAGCCCGCUUUGCUGACCAGCAGCAUAUGGACGUGGGCCCAGCUGCCAGGGCCCCAUACCUGCUGGGCUCCAGGGAGGCCUUCUCCACCGAGCCCCGCUUCUGUGCCCCAAGAGCUGGCCUGGGACACCUUUCUCCAGAAGGUCCCCUGAGCCUGAGUGAGGGGCCAUCAGUAGGCCCUGAGGGAGGGCCAGGGGGGGCUGGGGCAGGGGGGGGGAGCAGCACCUUCCCCAGGAUGUACCCCGGCCAGGGCCCCUUCGACACCUGUGAAGACUGUGUGGGCCACCCUCAGGGCAAGGGUGCCCCGCGCCUGCCUCCCACACUCCUGGAUCAGUUUGAAAAGCAGUUGCCCGUUCAGCAAGAUGGCUUCCACACGCUACCAUACCAGCGAGGUCCAGCAGGGGCUGGGCCUGGGCCAGGGCCAGGUUCUGGCGCUGCCCCAGAGGCUCGAAGCGAGAGUCCCAGCCGCAUCCGGCACCUGGUUCACUCUGUGCAGAAGCUCUUUGCCAAGUCCCACUCUCUGGAGGCACCUGGAAAGCGGGACUAUAAUGGGCCUAAGGCCGAGGGAAGAGGUGGUUCUGGGGGAGACAGCUACCCUGGCCCAGGCUCUGGAGGCCCCCACACCUCCCACCACCACCAUCACCAUCACCAUCACCACCACCAUCAGUCCCGGCAUGGCAAGAGGAGCAAGAGCAAGGACCGCAAGGGGGAUGGGAGGCACCAGACCAAGGCCGCCGGCUGGUGGAGCUCCGAUGAUAACUUGGACAGUGAUAGUGGCUUCCUGGGGGGUGGGCGACCCCCUGGGGAGCCUGGUGGUCCCUUCUGCCUGGAGGCUCCAGAUGGGUCCUACCGGGACUUGAGCUUCAAGGGACGCUCAGGCGGGUCGGAAGGCCGCUGCCUUGCCUGCACUGGCAUGUCCAUGUCACUGGAUGGACAAUCAGUCAAGCGAAGUGCCUGGCAUACCAUGAUGGUCAGCCAGGGCCGGGAUGGAUACCCCGGGGCCGGGCCGGGCAAGGGGCUUCUGGGUCCGGAGGCCAAGGCCAAAGCCAGGACUUAUCACUAUCUGCAGGUGCCGCAAGAUGACUGGGGGGGUUACCCCACGGGUGGCAAGGAUGGGGAGAUCCCCUGCCGUAGGAUGCGGAGCGGCAGCUACAUCAAAGCCAUGGGGGAUGAGGAGAGCGGCGACUCCGACGGCAGCCCCAAGACAUCUCCCAAAGCAGUUGCCCGGCGCUUCGCCACCCGACGCUCCUCCAGCGUGGACCAGGCCCGGAUCAACUGCUGUGUCCCACCCCGGAUUCACCCCCGGAGCUCUAUCCCUGGCUACAGCCGUUCCCUCACCACUGGACAGCUCAGCGACGAGUUGAACCAGCAGCUGGAGGCCGUGUGCGGGUCUGUGUUUGGGGAGCUUGAGUCCCAGGCCGUGGACGCCCUGGACCUGCCCGGCUGUUUCCGCAUGCGGAGCCACAGCUACCUCCGGGCCAUCCAGGCCGGCUGCUCUCAAGACGACGACUGCCUACCCCUCCUUGCUGCCCCUGCCUCUGUCUCAGGGAGGCCCGGCUCCUCCUUCAACUUCAGAAAGGCCCCGCCCCCCAUCCCGCCGGGAAGCCAGGCCCCGCCCCGCAUCUCCAUCACGGCCCAGAGCAGCACCGACUCUGCCCACGAGAGCUUCACCGCCACGGAGGGCCCAGCCCGGCGCUGCAGCUCCGCAGACGGGCUGGACGGCCCCGCCAUGGGCGCACGCACCCUCGAGUUGGCGCCGGUGCCACCCCGGGCCAGCCCCAAGCCCCCCACACUCAUCAUCAAAACCAUCCCUGGCAGGGAGGAGCUGCGGAGCCUGGCGCGACAGCGGAAGUGGCGGCCGUCCAUUGGUGUGCAGGUGGAGACUAUCUCAGACUCUGACACGGAGAACAGGAGCCGAAGAGAGUUUCACUCCAUCGGUGUACAGGUGGAAGAGGACAAGAGGCGGGCAAGGUUCAAGCGCUCCAACAGCGUGACGGCCGGUGUGCAGGCAGACCUGGAACUGGAGGGCCUGGCCGGCCUGGCCACGGUGGCCACAGAAGACAAGGCCCUGCAGUUUGGACGAUCCUUCCAGAGGCAUGCCUCUGAGCCCCAGCCCGGGCCCCGGGCCCCCACCUACUCAGUCUUCCGCACGGUCCACACACAGGGCCAGUGGGCCUACCGCGAGGGCUACCCACUGCCGUAUGAGCCGCCGGCCACCGAUGGGUCGUCCGGCCCUGCCCCCGCCCCCGCCCCUGGCCCCGGGUCUGGCCGCCGCGACUCCUGGAUGGAGCGUGGUUCACGUAGCCUCCCCGACUCAGGCCGCACGUCCCCCUGCCCACGGGACGGCGAGUGGUUCAUCAAGAUGCUGCGGGCAGAGGUGGAGAAGCUGGAGCACUGGUGCCAGCAGAUGGAGCGUGAGGCGGAGGACUAUGAGCUGCCUGAGGAGAUCCUGGAGAAGAUCCGCAGUGCUGUGGGCAGCACACAACUUCUCCUGUCCCAGAAGGUCCAGCAGUUCUUCCGGCUGUGUCAGCAAAGCAUGGACCCCACUGCGUUCCCCGUGCCCACCUUCCAGGACCUGGCGGGUUUCUGGGACCUCCUACAGCUCUCCAUUGAGGAUGUGACCCUCAAGUUCCUGGAGUUACAGCAACUCAAGGCCAACAGCUGGAAACUCCUGGAGCCUAAGGAGGAGAAGAAGGUCCCUCCGCCGAUACCAAAGAAGCCCUCGCGGGGCCGGGGCGUGCCGGUGAAGGAGCGCUCCCUGGACUCCGUGGACCGGCAGCGGCAGGAAGCGCGCAAGCGGCUCCUGGCGGCCAAGCGCGCCGCCUCCUUCCGCCACAGCUCGGCCACCGAGAGCGCGGACAGCAUCGAGAUCUACAUCCCCGAGGCCCAGACCAGGCUGUGACCCGCCCGGCCCGCCCAGCCCGGCCCGGGCCCGCGGUUUUCUACCCGUACUGUACACCCAGCGUCGAGGUCACUGUGAACGCGGGCCGCCCAGUGCGCCCGCCGCGCCGGCACCGCACGCCCCGGCCCCUCCUGCCCGUCACACUCUCGUGGGUUUUUUACCUUCCUGACCCCACGCGAAGGCGCCCGGGCUGGGCUGGGGGCCGUGCCUCUCCGCCCUGCGCUCCCCACCUGGAACCCCCACCUUCCUGGUCCGACGCUUUGUCCCCACCUCCCCAUGGGCACCAUCUCUGCCAUUAUUUCCCCCCACGGGCCAGGCCGGGCCGGGUCCCUCAUCUGGGCUCUGCGUCCCCCCACCCACCCCGCGGGGCUGGGCUUCGUGGGGAUCAAGCUUCGUGGCUUUUUAUGAAGAAUCCCAAACCCCGCCUAGGAGCCCACCCCACCCUCCCAGGGCUCCACCUUCAGCCCUCAGCCCACAGGGCCCAGGGACCACAGUGGCUGGACCAACCCAGGACCAGGGCGCCUGGGCCUCUCCCCUUUCCCAACGGCUGGGGAGGGGAGAUGGGGGCUUCCCCUCACCACACCUGUGGCUGUUCCCACAUCCCGAGUAUCCCAGGAAAAAUAAAACCGCAGAACUGCACUUGAGCCAGCUGCUCUCUCCAGAAGAGGCCACCUCUGCCUGGGGGUGGGCGUGGCAGGGAGGGGGGCAGAGAAGUGCCAUGCUGGUGCUCUUGAUUUUGGGACAGCACAGGUCCUAAGCCCCUCCACGGGAAUGGGCCAGCUUGGAGAAAGGGGAUUUGGCCCUCUGGUGGCCACAAAAAGGACCGAGGCUUUCCUGGAGGGGCUCUGGUGGCCUGCAGAAGGGAAGGUGACAACCUCUUCACUCUCCCUGGUUCAGUUUGGUUCCCUUUCUGCCUCCCAUUCCUCUUAGGGUUCCCCCAGAGCGGGAAGCACUGGCGCCCAAUGCGAGGCACACAGCAUGUGCUCAACAAACAGUGUGGUUAUUAUUAGGUAUCUACAAAUAUGGUUUCUCUUCCCUUGAGGGCACAGUGUUCCUUCUGCUCCAGUCAUUCCUAAUCAGCAGCAGAAAACUAUUCAGAAAAGUGCUGCAACUUCCUCUGAUGCCUCCUAUGGGUGGACACUGGGAAAAGGAGGUAGAAGGAACAUAACUUUCCUGGGAAGCCAAUCCAGACCUAGUAGUAGUGAUGGCUAAUAUUUAUCAAAAAUGCUUCAUGUGGGUCAGGCAAGGGAUGCAUGCAUUAUGUGAAUAUAGCUCAUUCUUACAAUGGAGGACAAAGCUGAGUCCAAGGAAGGUUAAGUGAUUUGUCCAAAGUCAUAAAGCUAGAAGUGGUAUCCCAGGUCUAUUGCCAAGUCAUGACUUCUUAGUUUUAUAGUCUUCCUAGCUCACGAAAGACUUGGUUGCAGCCCCCACCCAGAAAGCCCUAUUUGUAGUCCCUUGAGGUUAGUGUGUCACCUAAUCCCCUCAAGGGGUUGUUUGCUCUUCUGGGCUCUCCUGGACCAAUUCUCACAUUUAUUCAGCAAACAUCACUCUCAGACACCACAGAGGUAACCCUGAACUGUGCAGUUUCUGUCCUUAUAGAGCUUAUGUUCUUAUGGGAAAACCAGACAAGUAAACAAGCAAUUAAAAUGCAGUGGUGAGUGCUGGGAAUGACUAGGUAUUAGCCACUGACAAAGGGCUGGGGCUGGGAAGAAUGUUCCAAGAUCAGGGAACAGCUGUGGAAAGGCCUGGAGGAGAAAGGGCAUUGGGAAGGCAGAGAUGGAUCAUGUGGGCUUCUGGAUCUGGUUGAGGAGGGUGGGCCUGCAUUCUGUGUGCCCUGGGGAACUACAGAUGGGUUUUGAAAUGAAGAGUGGUGUAAACGUUUUAUAGGCUGGUUUGGGAGACUACUACUCUGACAACUACUAUUCAUGCACACUCCCAUGAGCCCAUGAGGAGGGCUCCCAUGUGAUCUGAAUUCCCCAAAGCAAAUUAGCUUGGAGCUGAUCCCAUGCAGAUUCCUGGCCUUGGUCCAAUACUUAGUGAAUAGACCCCAUCCUUGAAUGGUUAUUUAACAAGUGGUCCAGGUGAUUCUGAUGUGAGGCCAAGUUUGGGAACACAGGUUGGAUCACACAGGCUUCCUUUAGAAGUGAUGAUUUGUCUCUCUCCCAUAGAUUUGGCAAGGGAAGCCUGGACUGCAUUACUUCUCUGAGAUUGUUUCAUGUCUAAAAUUGGGACAUGAAUGAGUUUGGAACUAGACAGUACUCAGAACGAUCUUGUGAAGUGGGUGUUGUUAUCACCUCCAUAAGGAAACUGAGGCUUGGAGAGGUUAAACAGCUUACCUCAAAUCCUGAAGCUAGGAAGCAGCUGAGUCCAAGUUCAACCUUCUACAUUAUACCAUUGUUUUUUUUUUUUCAAGGUCCAUAUCUUUUCUCAGAAAUGGAGCUGGGUUUCCUGGAUCAGGAGGUAUAUGGGAGUGGGCACAGAGGAGCAGGUCAGUUUCUGCAGUUCUGAUCAUCUUGCUACUGGCAUGAUGUUUAAAAUAUCCCCAGGUGAUGCUAAUGUGGGGCACUCCCCUUAGGUUGUUGUGACCUGGGUAGUUGUACUGAGCCCUAAGGGUAUAUUAACGUGGAGACCAAGUUCCUGUGCAUGAGUUAACCCCAGUCUGGCCAUAGCCAGGAACAUGAACAGAAAGGCUACAAAGGGAGGUAGGCCUGCUCCCCUAGGAGGUCUGAGGAGAUGAGAGUGGGGAGGUGCUAGCAAUCAGGGUGCCAGUCUGUUUUGUGUUGCUAUAAUAGAAUACCUGGAAAAUUUAUAAUGAGCAGAAAUUAAUUGACUCACAGUUUUGGAGGCUGGAAAGUCCAACACCAUAAUGCCUAAAACCAGGGCACAGCCUUGUAUGCCUGUAGUUCCAGCUAUUCAGGAGGUUCAUUUGAGUCCAGAUGUUCAGGGUCAGCCUGGAACACAGAGCAGGAUACUGUUAAAAAAAAAAAAAAAAGUGCCUGCAUUUGGCCAGGGCCUUCUUGCUGCAUCAUCCCAUGGUGGAAGGCGAGAGAGGGCCAGAAAGGGGAAGAGGGGGCCAAACUCACAUCUUUAAAAGGGUACCAAAUCCCACCCACCCACGAGAAUGGAGUGCUCAGCCAAAUCACCUCUUAAAGACCCCAUUAUAACAGCAAUUAAAUUUCUAUAUGAAUUCUGGAGGAACAUACAUUUAAACCCUAGCAUAGGAGCCCGAGAAAACUUUCUGCUUUGUGAACUGAGUCUCGAAGGAUGAAUUAGCAUUUUGCAGUCAAGGAAGAGAAGGGAGAACAUUCCUUUCAGGUGAAGGGAUCAACUUUGGCAGAAGCUUGGAAAGGGUAUGUGUGCUAGGAAUGAUGGGAGAGCAAAGGAUGGAGGUGGGCACUAGGCUGGGAUGGGGUAUGGGGGGAGUGGAGCGAUGUGGCCAGAAGGGACCCAUGGUGGCAGUGGGGUGUGAGGAGCUAAACUAGGGAUUUCAUGUUUUUGGUUUUUUUUUAAGUUUUUGAAAGACCCUUGGGCCAAAAGGAUGUAAGUGGUCUGGAGGGGGCAAUAAGAAGGCAGGGAGACCAUUGAUAAUGGGAUCCAGGUAAGAGGGAGUGAUGUUGACUUUGAGAGACAUUUAGGAAGCUUUGGUGAAACAAUCUCAGAGAAGUGACCUUGAAAGUCACUCAGGUUUUUGGCUUGAUGAGUGAAUAAGGCCAAAAA